UUCACAGGGAGGAAUCAUGAAGUUUAUCACGGCUCUGGUUCUGUGGGUGGCUCUAUUCACUCGGGGACACACUAAUUCCCUGGACUCCUGCGUGGGGCGCUGUGGCUACGGUACAGACAGUGACUUCACCUGUCAGUGUAACCCGUCAUGUGAGAAAUACGGCGACUGCUGCUCCGACUACGUACAAGUCUGCAAAUCGUCCUCGUCUUGUAAAAAUCGCUGUGAUGAAACUUACAAUUCCCAGAAUGAAUGUCACUGUAACUCCAAGUGCAGCCAGUACAACAACUGCUGUGAGGACUACGACCAAGUGUGUGGAGGCGGGGGCAGCGUGGUGUCGGACGCUGACAUUAAGUCCAUCUCGCAGGUUCUUUUCACUCUGGACUCAAACAAAGCGUCUGCGUCUCAGCUGAUCCUCGAGCCUCAGACGUUGAUCCCAGACUCACAGACGAGCGCCCAGACUGACCACGCCCCCAAACCUCUGUUCCGUUACCUGGACGAGGGGACGCUGUUCUCCAGACCCACCUACGCCGCCCUGCUGGCCGUGCUGGAUAACUACAGGAGGAUGACGGGGCAGACGGAGGCGUUCACACAGCAGCAGCUUCAGGAGCAGGAGCACUUUGUGAGAGAGACCAUGUCCAACACUGAAGUGGGCAGAGAGCUCUUCGCUUUCCUCUAUACUAAAGGAGUGUACUCGUCUGAGGAGGAGUUUCUUCAGGACUUAAAGAUGAUGUGGUUUGGCCUUUACUCUCGCAGUAAUGGACAGCUGGACUCCAGUGGCUUUGAGCACAUCUUUGCAGGUGAGGUGAAGGGGGGAAAAGUGUCUGGUUUCCAUAACUGGAUCCAGUUUUAUCUUCUGGAGAAAAGAGGACAGCUCAACUACUACAGCCACAGCUUCAACGGGCCGUGGACUUCAUACCCGGACGUGUUGGGGAUGCAGUUUAAUUGGGAUGGGUACUACAAACAGGUGGGCUCUGCUGUGAUCGGCUGCAGUCCUGAGUUUGACUUCGCCCUGUACAGUCUCUGUUACAUCACACGGCCUGGAAAAAUGUGUAGACUGAGUUUGGGAGGGAAGGAGCUCCGGAUCCAGACUUACACUUGGGACAAAACCACCUACGGAGACGGCAAAAAGUACAUCGGAUCUGCAUUCCCGGCCACGCCCUGAACAGCCAAUCAUGUGCAACCAUAUUCAGUCACGCCCCUUCAACAACCAAUCAC